AUGGUUGCUGUUACCCGAGCUAAGUCCACGACCCCAGGGUCUGUUAAUAAAAUUCUAACCACCAAUACGGUCAAGAAUGUAAUUGUCAAGAAGACUGUUGUCAAAAAGAAAACUGUUAUCAAAAAGAAGCCAGCACUUACUAAGACAAGAUCUGAUUUAGAAGAUCUUCUCCAGGAUGUUUCAAUUCCUGAUGAUUUGGCCCUUCCUGAGGAAUAUGUCGCGUAUCAUACACCUGAGUUCAUCUCCGGAAUAGAACACAUACUUCAGGUAGAUCGCUCACUUUAUCCUGCCAUUGUUCAUGCCAACUUCCCUAGGUUUUCCAAGACUGAAUCGGAUAAGCCAAAAGACGUGAUUUGCCAUUAUUGGUAUUCGUUGAUCGCGUCGGUGAUUUCUCAACAAGUUAGUGGAGCCUCUGCACGUGCUAUUGAGGCCCGGUUCAAGGCGUUGUUUAAUGGGGAGAAGCCCACUCCCGAGAUAACUCUAAAAUUCAGUUUUGAUCAGUUGAGAUCAGCAGGUUUGUCAAAUAUGAAGGCUAAAUAUGUCGAAAGUAUAAGUCAAGCAUUCGCUGAUCCUAACUGCAAAUUAACCCACCUUGAAUUUUACGAAAACAGCUCAUUGGAGGAGAUUGUUGAUGAGUUGGUAAAAUUAAAGGGGAUUGGAGUAUGGAGUGCUAAAAUGUUUUCCAUAUUUACAUUGGGAGAAAUGGAUGUUUUCGCUGAGGAUGAUUUAGGUAUUGCUAGAGGGAUGGCAAAAUACUUAACAAGAAGACCAGAUUUGAUGAAAGAGAUUAAGCAGGCAUGUGCUGAUGAUGAAGCAAUACAAGUGUGGUUGAAAAGAAAAGCAAAAUUUGCAAAGAAUGAUUCUAAACGUAACUGGAAUCCAGUUCAUGAUGCCUAUGUGGAGUUUGCUUCUCGGAAAUUUGCCCCGCAUCGAACUGCUUUGAUGAUGAUCAUGUGGAGAUUGGGAUCUACAAACAUUGAAGUACUUGAAAAGCUUGAUGAGUAA